AUGGCCAGGAUGGUAAUGAGGGCUUUAUGUGUAGUGGUGGCUUGCAUAGUGGUGGUUGCAUCAUAUGCGGAGGCUAUUACCUGUGGUCAAGUGACCAGCAGCUUGUUGCCAUGCAUUGGCUACCUAACAAAAGGUGGUCGAGUGCCACCCGCAUGUUGCAAUGGGGUGGUGGGACUCAAUAAGGCAGCGAAAACCACUGCCGACCGCAAGACUACUUGUGGCUGUAUAAAGGGUAUUUUUGCUGCCAACUCCGGUAUCAGUCCCAGCAAUUCUGCUAGCCUCCCUGCAAAGUGUGGUGUCAACAUCCCUUACAAGAUCACCCCAGCCAUUGAUUGCAGCAAGGUUCAUUGA